ACAGGAGCAACGGGAGGAAUGGGAGAAGAAUGGGCAUAUCAAUUAGCCCAUCAUGGCUUCAAUGUGAUCAUUCAGGGAAGAAAUAGAAAGAAGCUCGAAGUUGUACGAGAGACGAUUGUUUCACGUCAAAUAUAUAAAGAUACACCCAAAAGAAGAAAGAGCUCAACUACAAAACGAGAAGAAACGGAUGAGGUUAAACGAACACCUUCUUCAAGCCGAAAAGGAAAUGCGAUUCUAUCCAAAAAAGAUGUCCGAUUAACAGUAGUGAUUAACAACCUGGGCGUUCAAAGUGAAGGUUAUCCACGUUUGGAAGAUCUCACAAAAGAAGAAAUGGCCGGGAUCGUGAUUGCAAAUUCUUUAUUUCCAGCAGAAGUAACAAGAAAAUGUAUGACUUCCCUCAAACAAAAUCAACCAAGUUUACUUGUAACCGUUACGAGUAUCGGUGCUUGGACUCCAACACCUUAUCUUUCACCAUACAUGGGCACAAAAGGUUUCGAUGUUGCAUUCUCGCAUUCUUUACGUUCAGAAAUGAUUUGUGAAGGUGAACAAGUUGAUGUAGUUUGCAUGGUUCCUGGCCAAGUUCAAUCAGGAAUGUGUGCUGAACCAGUUUCACUUAUGGUACCU